AUGUUAGAAACGGAAAAUGAUUUAAUUAAUAUACUAAAAAUUUUUACAAAAUUGGUUUUAAAAGAUAUUGGCGAUUCUAAUUUGGUUAUUAAAUUUGAAAAAUUUUUUGGAAAUGGAUUUUAUAAUACUUUGACUGAGAUUAUUGACAAUUAUACAUUUAUCUUCGAACAAUUACAAUCCUUCCCACAAGAAAAUACUUUGAAAUAUAAAAAUAUUUUUAUUAUUUGGCAUUUAUUUGCAAUUACCCGGAAGGUUAUUCGAAACUUUGCUUUGUUUCAUAAUUCUAAUGAUUACUACAAAGAAGAAUUAAGAAAGUAUAUUUAUGAGACAAAUAAUUUUGAAGAAAUUUCCAUGUUUGGCUAUGCUGAGGCUUAUGAUAUUUUUGAAGUCAAAGCAAAUUUAUUUAUGAAGGAAUUUAGAAAUUCACGCUAUUUUUACAUGCAUUAUGGAAAAAUAAUUUAUGAAGAUGAUCGAAUUAGUUAG